AUGGAGAGUCCACAGAAGAGAUCGUCCUCCAAACUUCAUACGCCAGACGCACCGGAGUCUCCUAAUCACCCAGAAGAUUCACAGGAGACACAGAUCCUCAAUCCCAACCUCAUCAACACUGAGCCUCAAGGCACUCGGACGCAAGUCAGAACCCCCGAGCCUCAGACCAGGAGUGGAAGCGCCGGUCCAGAGGCACUUUUCACCAGCCCCGGCCAAAUUCCUGAUUUCGACUGGGACGACUUCAGGUCACAGUACGAACAGGCGCUCGCCAAGGCCAACGACAAAGAGUUGGAGCUGCUUCGCGAGUUUGACGGACUGGUCAGGUAUUUUAACGUAUGGGCUGCCGCGGCGUCUGCGCAUGACAACGAACGUGCUGUGAAGCGACUGCAGACACGUCAACGAUACGUCCAGAUUGGCGAGGAGAAUCUGGCACAUAGGAAGCAACAUUUGGCGGAAGUAAUCGCCACCGAGUUUAACAAUGAUGUCCAGGAUGACUUGGAGGCGUUUCAUCACAAACACUUCUCUGAGACCGCCUUGUCGCAUUUCGCAACGCAAUUCCUAUCGGCGGAGGAUCAUGACGGCGCCGAAGAAGCCGACUAUGACGAUGGACUCGGCUAUUAUCCUGAUGGAGUAAAGCGAACUCUCACCGAUGAGCAGAUAGAAAUCUUUAGGCACUCGGAAUUGGAGGCCGAACGCAGAAAGGCAGAGAAGGUCCGGAAUAGAGAGGACGGCGAGAUUGACGACGACCAAGCCACGGCUCUCACAGAGAUCACAUCGCUACCAAGCCUCGAGACGGAUGCCAAAACGAAAAAGAAAAAGAAAAAGAAAGGAGGCAAAGGCAAAAAUCGUCGACAAGAGGUCAAGCCCGACUUGCGCAAGAGGACAUGGGAUGUCGUCGAUGUUGGCAUGUAUAACCUCGAUUACGAUGGAGAAGCUGGCUCGGCAUCUCAUGAAGGAAAUCUAGCGAAACGGCGCCAGGUAUGUUAUGAAGAGGAUUGA